GUGAAAUGAGCCCUUCGUGCAGUGUGGUGACCAAUCUGCAUCAACAGCUUUAGAUGUAUCCGAUUGAUGCGCCGUUUGGCUGAUUUCAUAGCUGCUGAAUUGAUAGGCGGGAUUCCGUAUCGGACUCGGUGCGUGUCAAGCUGGAGAUACUGUGUUACCGUUAUCUGACUCUUAUCGAUCAAACGAACGCGUUCGUUUGAUCAAACCAAGGCCCUAAAACAUACGAACGCGUUCCGCAUCGUUCGAAAGAUGCGGUUGCAGGCUUCGGACUGCCUCGCCCUCGGUGGGUACUAACUACUAAUGUACUAUCUACUUAGCACAGCUCCUAUUGAUCAAUUUUCGAAGGUUAGCAUAACAUAGUUGAGGUAAAUGUUCGCACAGCAUUGAGCAUGCGUUGUUAUCGUGACCUUAUGUGAAUUUAGCACAUCUCAAUCUUGUAUAUUUUUCGUAUGCCUGAAAAGUGAACCGCAACCGAAUCUCGGCUGAGGUCUCUUGUUUUGGUAAUCAUGUGUUUCUUGUCCAACAAUAUGUCCAACUACCAGCCUUGCAACAACCUCAAAAUGUGUUUCUGCAACGCAUUUUUUAACGUCUGUAACAUUUUACUAGCUGUCUCUUUUUCAUGUUGUUAUGUCGUACUUGCGCUAUAAAUGCAUCAAGCUGCCCAUCAAAAUUAUUAUGUUCUUUUCCUGUAACUAGUUCUUGUGGCAUCCGCACCGAAUCCAAACGAACCAAUCAAAGCCUGAAGAGUCCACUCGCGUUUAGUGCUGGCGAAAAAUUGAACACUGUGGCCUGUGCAAUUAAUCGUCAAUUUGAUGCUUAUAGCAGCCUCUUAUACGGCCUUGAUAGCAGCAAUGGCAGGGGUCACUUCGGUCGUACGUCAACGUGAGGCUUCUAUGCAAUUUUUAUCGAAAUGAUUAUUUGAUAAGAGGGAAAACAAAUCUUUAUAGAAUAUAGGAGAUUGAAGUUACAAGAAAAUCAAGUAAUAUGGUAUCGGUGAAGCUGGUGUCCGGUCACCGUCGUCGCCAUCGUCGCUAACCGCCUGCCGCCUCUGCUGAGCUCUCCACCUCGCAUCUGCAGCAUCGACCGCGCGGUGUCGAGGUGAGGACCGCUGACCACCGCUGACCGGGCGCUGACCAUGGGUGACCUCACCACCGACCUGCUCUGCUUCGGUAACCCGCUGCUGGACAUGAUCCUGCGUGUGGAGGACGGCCAGCUGCUCACCAAGUACCGCCUGCUGCCCGACAACCAGAUCGAGGCCGACGACGACCAGAAGGCGCUCUUCGACGAGGUGUUCGCCAGGAGCGGUGAGGUGACGUUCUGCCCGGGCGGCUGCGCCCAGAACACGGCCCGCAUCUACCGCUGGAUCCUCGGAGACCGCUCCUCCGUCUCCUUCGUGGGCGCCGUGGGAGCCGACAAGUUCGGACAGCGACUCGAGAAACUGGUGCGAGCCGACGGCGUCAACACCAGGUAUGUGGUGCACGAGGACCGUCCGACGGGCCGCGCCGUCAGUCUGGUCUGGGGCACCAACCGCUCCCUGGUGGCCGACCUGGGCGCGGCCACCCUCUGCCGUCCGGACCGCGUGUUCUCGCCGCACAACCUGGCCCUGCUCACCGGCGCCCAGUUCGUCUACAUCGAGGGGUUUUUCGUGACGCACGAUCCGGAGACGGCGGUGCAGGUGGCGCGCUACUGUUCGCACAGCGGCCGGCGGCUGGUGUUCAGCCUGUCGGGCACGUACGUGUGCGAGCGGCACACGAGCACAAUCUGUCAGCUGCUGCCGCACGUCUCCUUCCUGUUCGGACACGUCACAGAGCUGACCGCACUGGCUCGCGCCCUGGGACUGGAGGACGAGUUCGACAUAUCGCCGCUGGGCUACGCGCGCCUGCUGGACGCCGCCUCGACCCGGCUCAAUACGGUGGAGGCCAUGACCCAGUCGGACGAGCCCGACCAGCCCGCCGACCAGGCGCUGCUCAACGGCGACAGUCCCGGCCAGCUCAGGAUAAUUGUCACCCAAAGCGCCGACCCGGUGCUGCUGCUGGACGACGUCUCCGUGGUCUCCGUACCCGUGCCGGCCAUCGACGAGCGCCAGAUCGUGGACACCACCGGCGCGGGGGACGCCGUGGUCGGCGGAUUCCUGGCCGGACAGUUCCUCGGCGAGUCGCUCGAGGACUCUGUCAGGUACGGCGUCCUGGCUGCCCGGGAGGUAGUCCAGGCACUGGGCUGUUCAAUCCCGGCGCGGCGCCAUCCGCUGACCGAGCCUCCUCUCACCAACGGCGUGGCUAGCUAACCCGUCUGACGGACCAGGCACUCCGCACGGACCGGGCAGCGGCAGGUCAGUGAGCGCAGGGGCCGGCGGCCGUCAGCCGGUCUCGGCCCAGUGGUUUGACCCGCCGCCCACGGGGUGCCGCGGCUCCCCGCUGCCAGUGGGCGACCACCGGCCGGCGGGCAGCGGAGGGCGGACCGCUCAGGUGACCGUCUAGUCCGGGUAGGUAGUUGUGAUUUCUGAGAUCGACUCCUCGGUUAGUACGAGGGGUCCGGCGGGCCACGUGAUCUGACUGGAACCAAGUCUGGUGGGUCACGUGGACCCUGGCCCGGGUUCUGAUCAGUUCGGUGCAAUAUUAGGUGAAAGUGACUUCUAGUUCAGGAAUGCGAUACGUCCGCGACUGUUUGGUAGAAUAGUCGGUACUAGUCGUUUGGUUUAGUUGAGUUCUGGUGUUAAAGUUGUUUUCAGUCAUCACAUUUGCGUUGUGUCGGUUCAACUGAAGCUAUUAAGUCGUUGCAGUGUACUGUGCAAUGAAGUGCGAGCAGGAGCUUUGGUCGCUUGUGAUGGGAGUAAUUGCUGAAAGCGGAGCGCCUUGUUGAUAUUCGAUGUAAUGGAUUUAAUCCAGUGAUUGCUGACCUAGUCUUUGGUGCGGUGGAUUAUCAGUUUAUCUGCUACCUUUCAAAUGCAUGUACAUUGUAUGAAAUUGACCAGUUGCAAUACAGGGUGUGGUGCA